UCUGCGGACAGCUCGGGCCCGCGGCCCCUCCGCCUCAAGUCUGGGAGCUCCGGGCCCCGCUCUGCCGCUGCCUAUGGGGAUCCGAGAGUUUCCCGGCGGCGCACCCAGGGGCAAGAGCAUCGCCAUUGGCAUGAGGAGGUCACCGGACGUCAGCCCCCGGAGACUGUCGGACAUCAGCCCCCAGCUCCGGCAGCUCAAGUACUUGGUGGUGGACGAGGCUAUCAAGGAGGACCUGAAAUGGUCGCGCUCCGUGGAGGACCUCACCAGCGGGCCGGUGGGGCUCACGUCCAUCGAAGAGCGGAUCUUACGCAUCACGGGCUACUACGGCUACCAGCCCUGGGCAACGAGCUACAAAAGGGAGGAGCACCCCCGGGAGCCCCCGGGCCCAGCGGAGGCCCAGGCGCCAGCCGGGGCAGAGACCGGAGGGCGGUCAAGUCGGCAUCCCUGGACGUGUUCGCAAGCACGGCUCAAGAAGGUCUUCUGGGGCGUGGCGGUCGUGGUGUGCGUGUGCGCCUCCUGGGCCGGCUCCACCCAGCUCGCCAAGCAAACCUUCAAGAAGUUCGAUGCGCCCUUCACCCUGACAUGGUUUGCCACCAACUGGAACUUUCUCUUCUUCCCGCUGUACUACGCUGGGCAUGUGUGCAAGUCCACAGAGAAGCAGUCUGUGAAGCAGAGGUACAGGGAAUGCUGUCGAUUUUUUGGAGACAAUGGCUUGACUUUGAAGGUGUUUUUUACCAAGGCAGCCCCUUUCGGUGUUCUUUGGACACUCACAAACUACCUGUACUUAUACGCAAUAAAGAAAAUAAACACCACGGAUGUCUCCGUGUUGUUCUGCUGCAACAAAGCUUUUGUGUUCUUGCUCUCGUGGACCGUUCUCAGGGACAGGUUCAUGGGAGUGAGGAUUGUGGCCGCCAUCCUCGCCAUUGCCGGCAUCGUGAUGAUGACGUAUGCCGACGGCUUCCACAGCCACUCAGUCAUCGGCAUAGCCCUGGUGGUGGGCUCCGCGUCCACGUCGGCUCUCUACAAGGUUCUGUUCAAGCUUCUACUGGGCAGCGCCAAGUUCGGAGAAGCAGCCUUAUUUCUGUCCAUCCUGGGUGUGUUCAACAUCCUCUUCAUCACCUGCAUCCCCGUCGUCCUCUACUUCACCAAAGUGGAAUACUGGAACUCCUUCGAUGACAUUCCAUGGGGAAACCUUUGUGGAUUUUCAGUUCUUUUAUUGACAUUCAAUAUUGUAUUAAAUUUUGGAAUAGCUGUUACAUAUCCCACACUGAUGUCUCUCGGAAUUGUCCUCAGUGUACCUGUGAACGCAGUGGUCGAUCACUACACCAGUCAGAUAGUCUUCAACGGGGUCCGGGUCAUUGCUAUCAUCAUCAUCGGCCUGGGCUUCCUCCUCUUGCUCCUGCCCGAGGAGUGGGAUGUCUGGUUGAUCAAGUUGCUCACCCGCCUCAAAGUGAGGAAGAAGGAGGAGGCAGCGGAGGGUGGAGCAGACCUCGGCUCUGGUCCCCAGGGCAGGAGCAGAAGAGCCCGCCCAUCCUUCGCACGCUGAGGUCAUUCCUCUGGGACUCUGAGGUGCCCCUGCAGUAAUGUCUGUGAGGUCCACUCCUGGUGGAGGACCCUCAGUUGGGUGAGGUGUACAUACCUGUACAGUUUUGGUAAUCUGCAGUAAGUUCUAUGGUAUUUAUUGGCAUGUCCAAUUUGCUUGCACUUUUCCACAUCAGACCUUCCACUUAAGGGAACCAAUUCAAAAGCAGAAGAGGAAAGAAUCUCUCAGCGCUUCUUUGAUGAAUGUAGAGUGGGGUACAGUGAGCCUCGCAUCGGUUGUUUCAGGGGACAGGCGAGCUGGACAAGCCAUGGCAACUGCUCUGCCUUUCAGCGACCAGAAAUGACAUUGUACACUGUGAUUACUUUUCAGCUAUAGUAGGUCACAUUUUGUUUCAUACAAGAGCUGUACUCUUAAUUUUAAGGAGUUUCAAUGAACCAAAAGAUAAAUUGUCAGGCAAUCUUGAUGGAUGAACGGGUCAAUCAAUGUGUGU